AUGUUGUACGCUACUCAGAUUGAUGGAAUUGCCCUAGUCGUUGGCUCUGGUAGUGGCAUUGCUAGGGAGGCUGCCUUCUCGUUUGCAGAAACCGGGGCCAAGGUGGCUGUGUCUGCCGAUAUGAAUAAGGAGAUGGCCAAGGCUGCAUCAGAAGAGAGUAAGAAGAUUAUGGUCGGGCAGUUCAUGCAAGCACAUGCGCACCUAACUGUCCCUGAUAUCCUAGGCGAUAUUUUAGGAAGUGUAGAAGAAGACCUGGAGCUUCAACGGGAUUAUGUUAAGUAA